ACUCGGCUAGUUGCGUCUAACUAAAAUGGCGGCGCUCCUGUAGGGGUCGGGUGUGAUUAUAUGCCACGCUUCCAGCGCUGUUCUCGGGAUUAUUUUGCGUGUGUUUAUCUGUAGUCUAAGCCAUGUUUCCCAGCGUCGGCCUGCGGGCCGUUCUCAGGUCUUCUGCGGGUGUUUUCCGUGACAGCUCGGCUCUGGGCGCCGCGGUGUCGGUCAGACCUCGGGCCUGCAGCGGUCCGGCUCUGUUUUCAGGACCUGCAGUUAACAAAGUUUCAGGAAGCUUCGCAGUUCCACCACCAGUGAGACAUUAUGCCCGGGUUGCAAAGAAAAAGAAAACGGGCCCUGAGAGCCAUCUUGAUGAUCUUUCUCCGACGAUGCUUAAGAUGGAUUAUGCAGCAGUCCCCCUUGCUCAGUCGACGGAUGAUCUUGUCAAACGCCUUCUUUCAUUGGAACUGGCGAAUCACAGGGAAAAGCUAGAGCUGAAAAAGGAACAACUGAUUGCAAAAGUUCAGAGAGAUGAAAACGACCGCAAUUCAGUGGAAGUCCAGGUGGCUAUCUUGACUGCAAGAAUCCGAAACUAUCAGGAGCAUCUGCAGAAACACCACAAAGACAAAGCUAACAAGAGGCGCAUGCUCAUGGCCAUUGAUCGCAGGAAAAAGCUUCUGAAAAACCUCAGAUUGGUUCGUUUUGACACCUUUGAAAAAGUGUGUGAGCAGCUGGGCAUCACCUACACCUUCCCCCCAGAGUACUACCGACGGGCCACCCGCCGCUGGCUGGCCAAGAAGGAGCUCUGCAUUAAGGUUUUCAAGGCAGUGCAGAAGCAGAGAGCAGAGCAAAAGAUGCAGCAACGUUUAGGCACCACAGAGGCAGAGGAAGCCAAGGCACCACAAGCUCAAACGACAUGAAGCAAACUAGCUUAUAAAACUGUCUGUUGUGAACACUUAGGGAUUAUGUUUGCUUGUCUGAGCUCAAACUUUCACGUUCCACAUUCUUCAGUGUUUCCAUCCUAAUGUUACAUUUGAAAUUGUGGUAAUAUCUUAUGGUGUUAUUGGAAAUAAAAUGUCUCAAAAGCA